AUGUUGUUGGCAGCCACCACCGCCCGUACCCAGCAGGUAGCCGGUCUCUCCACCCUGACCGCCCUACCCAAGAAGAUCCUGACGCGUGUUGUGGGGAAGCUGAAGGUGGACGAGGAGUACUCUGCUCAUGUUAACCUGGAUCUGGAGAAGAAGUACGAUGUACCUCUCCAUCAGAUCUUCAGCAGGACUGGUCAUAUUGACAAGAGGCUGGCUGGUGACGCCAUGGUCAUGCCUUGUUACAAGGAGAAUCUACCUUUCCUUGGGGCUACAAGCGGCCAGAUGGAAGCCUCCAGGCUGUCCAAUGGUGUGACUACAGUAUCAGUAGAUAAUAGUAGUCCUGUGGUUCACCUCGGUGUUUACUUGGGAGUUGGAACUGGUAACGAAACCAGAGCAAAUGCCGGCAGUCUUCAAGUCAUGAAAAAUGCCUGGUUAGGAUCAACUACAAGGCGAACUCUGAUUGGCGGACACAGGGAACCACUACAGUGUGGAGCCAAUAUCGAGUUCAAUGUUGGACGAGAUAUCACUUCAAUCACUGCUUCUUGUCCUAGAGAUAAGGCUAGCUUAGUAUUGGAUCACAUGACACAGAACUUGGUGUGCCCGGAAUUCUUCAACCACGAACUCCACCAAGCUAAAGUUGAUGCCCUUCACCAGACUGGUGUUGCUCUGUCUGAUCCUGCCACUAUUGUGAUGGAGGAGGCCAACAGGCUCGCAUACCGUGGAACUGGACUGGGCAGAUCUAUCUACUUAAAAGCGGGAAACACGGGAGCAAUUGAGCGUAACACUCUGCUCGACUUCGCUGCUGAGAACUUCAAGGACUCUAACAACAUCGCUGUAGUUGGUGUUGGUCUAGACCCAGAGAACCUGAGUGGAUUAGCUGACGAAUACCUCUGGUCACUAGAAGGAGGUUCUGCCACUGUUGCUAACACCACCUGGACUGGAAUGCAGGAAUCUCAGAUCGAGGCAUCUGGUAAUGGGGCUCUAGCAAUGUGUCUUGUUGAGGGAGCUGCUGCUGGGUCACAGGAUGCCCUUGUAUUGGGCAUUCUCAAACAUCUUGCUGGAGCGGGAGGUUCAGCGAUAACCCACGGUGGAUCACACAGUCAACUCAUAUCCGCUGCAGCACCCUACACUCAAUCACCCUUCAAUACCCAGUGUGUUAACAUUAACAAUGUUAACACUGGCAUGUUCGGGCUCAGUAUCUCCGCUGCUGGACAAGAGAUUGGGGAUGUACUGAAGUCUUCUUAUGGUGUUAUGAUAGGACUUAAUGAUGGUGUUUCUGACCAAGCACUUGAAACCGCUAAAAACAAACUCAAACUCGAACUUUUAUCUGCAUACGAAAGCAAUCUGGCUGUACGUGCAGCGACCGGUCUUGAGAGCAUAGCAGCUGGCAGUCCCAGUUCGGCAUCUCAAUUAUGCGGUGCUAUCGACUCAAUUACAAACGAAGAAGUGAUUGAAGCAGCAAAGAAAAUCAACAGCUCUGCUCCUAUCUUGGUUUCGUACGGCAACGUGGAAAGCAUGCCCCUUCAGAGAGAAUUACAAUAGAAUAAAUGAACUAGUCUAUUUAUUAAACGAGAUUAACAACUGAUAAACUGAAGUGCUGCGUUCGAUUUAUUUCCUGAUUUGUAAAUAUUAAAAUGACAGUCGUCUUUCGUAAUGUGUUAUUUUAUAGGUUGUCACCCACGGAA